AUGGCGGUUCCAGACUCUUUCGCAGGAGCUCUUAUGGGCUCGAGAGCAUGGAGAGGGCACGUCACACCUCCAACAGUGGUUCACCCGCCCCUGCAGCGGAGAGCGGCCUUCGUACCGCGGCAUUCGACGCCUCCAGACGAGUUCGCGAGCGAACCGCUUUCUACGCAACUCGAAGGUCCACACGGCGAAUAUCACCACACAAGCGUCCACGGAGCGGUGCCAUUCUCUACCAUACCGAUUACGAUACGGUAUGGUAUGGGCCCUAGAGCAGAGGACCAUGUUGUUUCGACAACUACACGGCGAGACUUUUCGCUUAUUGGCGCCCUGCGACCUUGA